AUGCAGACACCCCACUCAGAAUUCAAUAUCUCUGGCUCUGUUUCAGAUAUGCAUCAGUGCACUACAAACCAACCCGAGAAUAACAAUCAUCCAUUCCAGCUCGCACGCUCGCAAGUGAUUAUUCCAGUCUUUGAAACUCCAUACUCCAAAUUCCCCAAUACAGACCACUCUACCGUCGAGCUCGAACGCCAGAGCGUUGUCAACAUUAUCGCUCAGCGCCAGCAGCAAUUGGAUACAGUUCUGUACGAGCUCUCGGCCCUGGAGGCCGCGAUAGAUAACGUUGUCAGCAUCAUCGCUGAGCGCCGGCAGCAAUUGGAUGCAGUUGUGGACGAGAUCUCAGAUCUACAGGCCGUGAUGGAUAGCGUCAAAAAUCUUUAUCAGCAAGUCGUCGAAAAGAAGGAGAAGAUUAUGCAGUCGAUGAAUUUGCACAAGGGACUCCUAUCGGUUCUCUGGCGACUGCCAACAGAAGUCCUAUCCCAAAUAUUUAACCACUGUCUCCCCGAAACUAAAUUGUGGCCCCCAUCAAACCUCAGAGCCCCCAUGCUGUUAACACGGAUAUGCCAACGAUGGAGGGAGGUUGCUGUGGGUACACCCGAUUUAUGGUGCAGGAUGUAUGUGCAAGCCGACGACAGAGGCUGGGAGCAGGCAGCUUUCUGCUAUGACUUGUGGCUCAAGCGUUCACGAGGACGUCCGCUCUCGUUAGAAUUCGGGUACCACUACUCGACCAAGCUACGAAGCCUUCUUCAGCCUCAUAUGAGUCGUAUAAAAUUUCUUCGAGUCUCUAGCGAUUACUUCCGGGGUAGAAGCCCUCAGCUGUUUGCUACAGACCUCCCAGCACUUCAGGAGCUGACCAUACUAGGGAUGAUAGAUCAUGAUAUUCCAACUAUUGCACAAUCCAUCUCGCGACUGCCGUCCACUAUGCGCAGUCUCAAGUUCAUUCCCAUGGGACCGUUUUUCGACAUCGAGCCCUUGCCCUUGUCUUCUGUCAGCCCCGUAUGGGCUUACUUGACGGAUGUCCAGAUCGCCGUAUGUCACCCGAACGCAUUACUCCAUUUGCUUCAGCUAUGUCCCAACCUCUCUUCCUUAAAUGCCCACGUAGGAUUUGACCAAAGAGAACCCAUGGAAUCAUUCACGCACACAAAAUUACAAUCCUUAUGCAUCCUUCAAGUUCAUGACCCUUUGCUCACGCGCCCUUUAUCUGACCUGUUCAAUGCUCUAUCACUCCCCAAUUUGCACGCGCUUGAAGCUCGCCGCAAUAGCCGCAAUGCAUCUUCUUGGUCUCAUGAGGAUGUGAAGGCAUUGUUGGCACGGUUAAAGUGGCCCCUGGAGACCCUGACUAUCGGCGGUCAAGUGACGAAUCUGACGAUAACAGAUGCGCAGCGAGCGGAAUAUGUUUCCCUUAUUCCUUCCCUCAAAGUAGUGAAUCACGGCAGUACAUACUUUUGA